AAGGUUUCCGUUAGAGAGUAACGUUUAUAUGAGUUCGAAAAUAUACAAAAAAUGUCGACCAGUUCAGCUCUGGGCAGCUAUUAUGUGGACUCUAUAAUAGGGCUCGAGGCAGAGGAUGUAUACGGAGCGCGUUAUGUCCAGAGUUCACACACCGCGCCCGCGAGGCCGUCAGGUGUGGGGGAAAAUGCGAUUUUUUCCUCGUGCAGCUUCGCUCCCAAGUCAGCCGUGUUCGCUGCGUCCCGGUCUUCGGUUCAUCCACCCUCUACUGCUGCUGUGUCCGGGAUUUACCAUCCUUCCGUUCAACAUACCCAUCUGACAGAUAACAGAUACGUCCGCUCCUGGAUAGAUCCUAUAUCAAACCAUAUUUCUUUUUCCGGUUUCCACACCAACAGUCGGCAGCCCUCAAAAAGGGCUGAAAGCGGAGCCUUUGAAGCGGAGACACCAGCAGUUCCCAAAUUCAGCUGCAGCGCUGCAUAUGAAUGCGAAGACAAAGCUACUGAAGAAACAAUUGGCAAUGAUAUUUCGAGGGACGGUGAAGCAAAAGACGAGAAACAACAACAACUUGACCCAAGCAACCCUGCAGCAAACUGGAUCCAUGCACGUUCAACAAGAAAGAAACGAUGUCCGUACUCCAAAUAUCAGACUCUGGAACUGGAAAAGGAGUUUCUUUAUAACAUGUAUUUAACGAGGGAUCGCCGUUUUGAAGUUGCACGAAUCCUGAAUUUAACGGAGAGGCAGGUUAAAAUCUGGUUUCAGAACAGAAGAAUGAAAAUGAAAAAGAUGAACAGGGAGAGAAGCAAUUAAGACCCUCAAUGAAAAAGGCAAUAUUGCAGCUGAACAGCUCAUUUGCGUUCAUAUAUAUAUAUAUAUAUAUAUAUAUAUAUAUAUAAUUUAAAUACAUAUACUUGUUUUAGGAACGCCAUUUUUUUAAUUCACGACUGAAUUACGCAGGAUUGGACCGGCAUAUUUAAUUGAACAUAUUUUUAUUCUUAUAGAAAAUAAUUACUUAUUUUUAAUAGUUAGUUUGUGUGACCUUGAAAUUUGCAUUUCAUGUUAUUUUUUACGCAUAAGGUUUGCUGAAAUGAUAGGUUUUAAUUAUAAAUCACAGAUGUUUGGCUAUGAACGCUGGUGUCUUGCAUUCUAAAAGGAGGAAUAAAAUAGAUAGUUACUUAUCCUAACUCGUAAAACUCAAAUCACUUACAUUAGGAUAGAGUUCGUGGUUUGAUAGUUUACUAGUAUUCGGCUGGUCUCAUUGUUCAUAGAACGCAUGCAAACCUAACACUCCACCCUCGUCAAUCCACACACAACAUUUCCUGUUUUUCUUUAAGAGAUUAUUAUUAUUUUAAAAAAGGAAAUUAAUUCAGAGAAUCUCAUGUUGUAUAUAGUCACUUGCUUGUAGUGGAUACAUCAAGAAGGCCUAAGUUAUUUUAGUUGAACGUUUUCUUUUUAGUGUAUGUUUAUUCUACCAUUGUGAAGCCUUGUUCUCGUCUCCAAUGCCGUAUAGUGUGGAUUUGCGGGAUGACGAGGUAGAUACUCUGAAUGUUUGCUAUCGACUACUCAACUCGUGCACUUCCUGGGUCAAUGUGUGACAGAAUGUUUUGUUUCUAAACCGUUUUUUUUUUUUUUUUUUUACAAAUAAAUUGCAAGUGGACUUCAACUGCACACUGUGCUUGUUUACAGAUAUUAAGCAGCAUUGAUGCUUUUAUGUAUGCUGCUGUAUAUGUUUCGUAACGACGCAAAAAAGGGGUUUAUAGUUUGGGAAUAUUGCAAAUAACUUGUGCAAUAGGAAACCCCAAUUUAUCGUCAGACCUGUACCAUGAAUUGCUUUAGAGCAGGAAGAAACUGGGUCCAAUAAAGCUAUUGAAAGACCUAGACGUCUGGUCUAAAUGACUUUAUGGUAUAGGACUGAAAUUGUUCUCCUCUUUGAAACUAACCUCACUGGUUCUUUGUAUCUGUUUCCUGCUAACACAAAUGUAGACACUUUUUUACGGGGCGUCUGGUCAAUAUUGAUAGUGAGACUGAAGCACCCCCAGUACUUUGAAAGUCACGUUUAUUCACCAAAUGCAUUUCCUUUCUUGUCUUCAAAUCUUAACA